GCAGUGUCCCAUCAUCCGUUGCCCCGUACACGCUCGUAUCUCAUCACGACGUAUUCUGAAAAAUGCUCCUUCUACCCUCAAUAGUCGUUACAUGUUUAUUAACGAAAAUAACGUUCGCUGGUUUCACGGAAAAAAGUGAUUCCGGAUGGCACGGUGUGUCUAAUUACGGAGUCACGAGUUACGGUUCGGGCAACGAUAUAAACGCUCAUCAGGGUCUCUCUUACGGGUCGUUUCCAUCUUACGGAAGUGACGGCGAAUUUUACGUAGGCCAUGGAAUUCAUGCCGGGAACGUUCAGCAGACGUUCGCACAAUCAGUGCCGAUCAGCCAGCACGUGGAAGUCACGAAGCCGUUGGUAGUGCCAGUCGUAAAGAAUAUCGGUGUCCCGGUAGUACAGCCAGUGGCAAUUCCAGUGCCCCAUCCCGUGGCUGUAGCUGUCCCUCAACCUUAUCCUGUCCACGUGCCGAUCGCCCAGCCGGUCGCCGUACCGGUUGUGAAGACCAUUGCAAUCCCGGUGGAGAAGAAAGUGCCGUAUCCGGUGGAAAAGAUCAUACCAGUGCCCGUGGAAAAGGAUGUGCCGAUAACGGUGGAGAAGCACAUACCCGUGCCAGUAGAGAAACCGUACCCGAUUCACAUACCCGUUUAUAAGCAUGUUUUCCAUCGGAAAACAAAAAACCACCAUGGUUGGAUACAUUGAAAAAAAUGCCAUGACGAUUAGAUGAAAUUCCCGCACGAGUGAUGGCUUGAGAAGCGUCCUUCGUGAACUUAGAUAACGCUACGACAUCGCAGUAAACUCGCCAUGACUACUUUUAUUGAGUUAUGAGCGCUGUAACGUACUUGCGACUUGUCGUUCACAUCAUUAUAUGAGAUAAUGUAGAUAAUAUAUGUGCUCCUCUUCCUAUAGGUUAUAUUUACACUUGCCUUGGCGUGCUCAUCCGCUCUCUGCCAAAUAACAACCUUAUUUAAUAAAAACUAAA